GGGAAAACACGGUUCCAGGAUAACUAACCAGCCUUACGUUGACACGCAAGCUUCCAUGACAAUUACCGUAUCCUUAUCUGGGGCACCAACUGUAAUUGUAAUCGUGCUUUAUCGUGCAUAAUAUUAUGAUGAUGAAGUUGCAGAGCGAAUAAAUUUUCUGCCUGUUCCCCUCGGUCUGCACGAUAUCAAGCAUAAGGAGCCAGACCUGCUUCAGCAGUGGCGGCUGUUUUUAUUGAGAAACAUGUUUGCUUUUGACACCAAGGUCGCCAUUGUGAGGCCUUAUCUGCGGUUAGGCGCUGCGCAACAUGAGAAUGACUACGCGAUGUUGAGGGAAACUGGCGUGACGCACAUUUUGCAGGUUGGAUCAGAGCUACGUCCCAGUUUUCCAGAUAGGUUCAGUUACCUUCGAAUCUCUAUCGACGACCGCGAGCAGGAGGACAUCAUUCGACAGCUGCGCCGUUGCUUCAACUUCAUCGACAACGCGCGUCAUGGUGCUGGCGAACGUGGCGUCGGCGCCCCUAAACAUGCCUACGCACCCGAUGAAGCGACGGCGGUGGCGGAGCCGCUGUCUCCUGGAGUUGUUCUCGUGCACUGCAUGGCUGGCGUAUCCCGCUCUGCCAGCGUGGCGGUUGCAUACUUGAUGUGGAGCGAGCAUCUUUCGUAUGUCGAAGCGUUUAAGCACGUCAAGGCUGCCCGGCCCUGCAUCUAUCCCAACCUAGGGUUUCUGCUUCAGCUUUGGGAGUGGGAGUCGUCC